AUGCUAUUUGAGCUCCCGCCAGAGAUCAUAUACCACAUUGCAACCCAUCUACCUACGGCCAACGCACUGGCCCAUUUGUCCCAGACAUGUCAUCGCUUACACGAGAUUAUCACCGCUGAAGAUUCCCGUAUAUUUCGAGAGUUUGUGCGAAAUAGGUUCCCAAGCACCGAGAUACCGCCCUUCUGGAAAGAUGCAGCCCAAGCCCUGACCUCCAGGUCCCGUGCCCUGGACAGAAAAGCCAUUAUCGGACGGUUUGUCGUGCCGCCUGUGACUGCAACCAAAAUUGGUUCCCAUGAAGUGAUUCGGCAAGACAAUCCUACUCUUGGAUACAGACCUGCAAUCGAUUCUUAUGAGGUCUGGAAUGGCCAGCGCUGGGCGGAUCGGAAAGAGGUUCUUGCCUGGAGUGCUGGUAACCAGCUGGUGAUGAGGAUCAAACAAACUGGCGCCCACUCGCAAGAAAACUGGCUCUUGUUCAAUGACCUUGACCAUGUGAGCAGCUAUGAUGAUGUUUGUUCUCUGCAUCUUUUGUCCUCGGGCAAGCAAUAUAGCAACGAUCCAGACGUGGAGCAUCUGAUCUUCGGUCGGGUUCGAGGCGAUAUUGCUCACCUUGCCAUCUCUCCCAACGAAGGAGCCUAUGAAUACAAGCACAAAUUCAAAACAGAUGGGCUCAGACUGGAUAAAACAGACCUGAGCAGGGAUAUAUACCCUACUUUGGCCGCUCAUUUUGAGAAUGGGUCCAUUGCUUUCUACCAUACCGAGACGGACAAGGAGGAAGUUGAACCCUUCACAUGGUUGUUACCGGAAAUCGGGACACGAAAUAAAUACUCCAAAUUACUAUCUUCAUCGCUGGUUGCAGUGGGAACGGGUGAGGUAGAAAGGUCCUUGAUGAUUUCAAAAAUCACUCCAGACGGUGUGUCUCCAUAUCGAACAAUUGGAAUCGGCUCUUUGGACACCGAGUCUACAGGCCUCAAAGCGAAAGCCAAUAUUGGCGCCAUUGAACCUCUAAACACACAUAACCUUUCAGGUUCUCCUGGGGAGGUCUUCCUUGCUGCCUGGGAUGACUGCACCGUCAGACUCCACGACCUUCGUUCCCCAAGGCCUUACGAAGUCGCCUACGAAGACGUAACAGACCUCAAUCCCAUAUACAGCCUCCAUACCUUUGGACAUAACCAUUUCCUUGCUGGAGCUGGUGGUGAGGCCUUGGUGAAGGUCUUCGACCUACGCAUGUGCAACACAUACAACUACCUUGAUGCACAAAUACCCGAUUCGCAAGCGCAAAGUACACAAACCACAUCAAAGAGCAAAAAUAGAAACACUGCACCCAAAACAAAAGUACAUCCCGGCCCCCAAAAAGGCUUCUCCUUAUUCCUCUCCGAUCCUCCACCUCCUACAUUCCCACGCCCAAAUCCCCCCCGAUCCCGCAACCGCCCAAGACUUCCCUACCGCGGCCCCAUAUACACAAUGUCCUCGCCCUCACCCUCAUCGCCAACUGUCUACACAGGCAUUGUGGACGGAAUCGUCCAACUCGAUUUUGCAUCGACGGAUGACCUGCUAGGCUCAAGGAAAGAUUGGUACAGCCAAAAUCUAGCCCUGGGCAUAGAUACGGAUUCAGAGCCCGGUGCAGUAUCUUUCCCAGAGACGACCGAGGUGUGCAAUUUGGCGGGUUAUGAGCGCCCAGAUGUUGAUGACUAUGCUACUACUUCUACACUGAGGAAUCAGCGCGCAUUCCGGGAUCUUGCGCCUGGAGAUGUAGUUCCCGGGCAGCGCACGGGUUGGGAUUGUAGGUGGGAGCAUUUGGAGGAGCCUGGGGCUUGGAGGAGUCGGGUUAGGGUUUGA